CCAGCCGGACGCGAGGAGGAGGAGCUGCGGCGGCCUUUGCCACUCCGGCAGAUCCGCGGCACCGCGGGAACCCGCCGACGGCGCGGGCUGCUGGUCCCCCCGCGGAGGAGGCGCGGGAGGUCCGGGGGCCAUGGAGCCUGGUGACGCGGCGCGCUCUGGCCCGGGGCGGGCGGUCUGGGCGCUGCUGCUGCGGCUGCCGUUGCUGCUGCUGCUGCUGCCGCUGCUGCUGAGUCGGGGGCUGCGUGCAGCGGCCUCGGCCUCCUCCUCUGGGGCGGUGGCCGAGGACAGCACCGCCAUGGAGGAGCUUGCAACUGAGAAGGAGGCGGAGGAGAGCCACCGGCAAGACAGCGUGAGCCUGCUCACCUUCAUCCUGCUGCUCACGCUCACCAUCCUCACCAUCUGGCUCUUCAAGCACCGCCGGGUGCGCUUCCUACACGAGACUGGACUGGCCAUGAUCUAUGGACUCAUCGUUGGGGUGAUCCUAAGGUACGGCACCCCUGCCACCAGUGGCCAUGACAAGUCCCUCAGCUGCACUCAGGAAGACAGGGCCUUCAGCACCUUAUUAGUGAAUGUCAGUGGGAAGUUCUUCGAAUACACCCUGAAAGGAGAAAUCAGCCCUGGCAAGAUCAACAGUGUAGAGCAGAAUGACAUGCUCAGGAAGGUAACAUUUGAUCCAGAGGUAUUUUUUAAUAUUCUGCUGCCUCCAAUUAUUUUCCAUGCUGGAUACAGUUUAAAGAAGAGACACUUUUUCAGAAAUCUUGGGUCUAUUCUGGCCUAUGCCUUCUUGGGGACUGCUGUUUCCUGCUUCAUUAUUGGAAAUCUCAUGUAUGGUGUGGUGAAGCUUAUGAAGAUUGUGGGGCAGCUCUCGGAUAAAUUCUACUACACGGAUUGUCUCUUUUUUGGAGCAAUUAUCUCUGCCACUGACCCAGUGACUGUACUGGCGAUAUUUAAUGAAUUGCAUGCAGACGUGGACCUUUAUGCACUUCUGUUUGGAGAAAGCGUCCUAAAUGAUGCUGUUGCCAUCGUACUGUCCUCGUCUAUUGUUGCCUACCAGCCAGCGGGGCUGAACACUCACGCCUUUGAUGCUGCUGCCUUUUUUAAGUCAGUUGGCAUUUUUCUGGGUAUAUUUAGUGGCUCUUUUACCAUGGGAGCUGUGACCGGUGUUGUGACUGCUCUAGUGACCAAGUUUACCAAGCUGCACUGCUUCCCCCUGCUGGAGACUGCGCUCUUCUUCCUGAUGUCCUGGAGCACGUUUCUCUUGGCUGAAGCCUGUGGGUUUACAGGUGUCGUAGCUGUACUUUUCUGUGGGAUCACACAAGCUCAUUACACCUACAACAAUCUAUCAGUGGAAUCAAGAAGUCGAACCAAGCAGCUUUUUGAGGUGUUGCACUUCCUGGCAGAGAACUUCAUCUUCUCCUACAUGGGCUUGGCGCUGUUUACCUUCCAGAAGCAUGUUUUCAGCCCCAUUUUCAUCAUUGGAGCUUUUGUUGCCAUCUUCCUGGGCAGAGCUGCACAUAUCUACCCGCUCUCCUUCUUCCUCAACUUGGGCAGAAGGCAUAAGAUAGGCUGGAAUUUUCAACACAUGAUGAUGUUUUCAGGCCUCAGGGGAGCGAUGGCAUUUGCGUUAGCCAUCCGAGAUACAGCCUCCUACGCUCGCCAAAUGAUGUUCACAACCACCCUCCUCAUCGUCUUCUUCACGGUCUGGAUCAUUGGUGGAGGCACGACACCCAUGUUGUCAUGGCUUAAUAUAAGAGUUGACGUUGAGGAGCCCUCCGAAGAGGACCAGAAUGAACACCGCUGGCAGUACUUCAGAGUUGGUGUUGACCCAGAUCAAGACCCACCGCCCAACAAUGACAACUUUCAAGUCUUACAAGGGGACGGUCCAGAUUCUGCCAGAGGAAACCGGACAAAGCAGGAGAGUGCAUGGAUAUUCAGGCUGUGGUACAGCUUUGACCACAAUUACUUGAAGCCCAUCCUCACACACAGUGGCCCCCCACUAACCACCACUCUCCCAGCCUGGUGUGGCUUGCUGGCUCGAUGUCUGACCAGUCCCCAGGUGUAUGAUAACCAAGAACCGCUGCGAGAGGAAGACUCUGAUUUCAUCCUGACUGAGGGCGACCUCACCCUGACCUACGGGGACAGCACAGUGACUGCGAAUGGCUCCUCUGGCUCCCAUACGGCCUCCACAAGCCUCGAGGGUGGCCAGAGAACAAAGAGCAGCUCCGAGGAAGUGCUGGAACGAGACCUGGGAACGGAGGACCAGAAGGUUUCAAGCCGCGGCACCCGCCUAGUGUUUCCUCUGGAGGAUAAUGCAUGACUUUCCCCCCAGCCCCUGAAGUGAUGGGGUAGGCCCACCAGUGGGGUGAUGAUGGUCGCAGGCCCCAGUGUUGUUUGAGGUGGGGUAUUGACAAAACUGAACUAAUGCUUCUAUUUUAUUGGGGGGUCUGAAGAUAUCUUAACACUUAAAAUUUAACCCAAGAUGCAGAUGGUGGGGCUAAAGUGUUUCUAAAUCAAGACAAAUGCAGACCUAUUCCCACUUUUUCACAUAGUAGUACGCUAUUUCAGAGUUAAACAAACAAAAUAGCAUGUUUUAAUGGUCUCUUAAUUCAUUCACCUGCAGUAUCUGAACGACGUGAGGCAGGUGUUGGGGAUCCCUCCCAGUGCUAGUCUAGCUUGGGCUCUAGAAGGGAAAGUUAGGGGAGAACAGGCUAGAAGAAAGAUCACAAAGGAAGGCAAUUGAGAUUAGACCUACAAGGAUUAUGGGAAGCUGGUGUUAAAUGGGACAGAAAACAAGAAAAAUCAAUUUGCAUGGAAGUUACGGAGACAAAGGCUGCAGGACUGCAACCUCAUAUCAGCAUUCCUGACUUUUCUGCUACCUGUGUUUCCUCUAGACUGAAGAUUGGAAAAUAUAUCCGUAAACAUUUCAACAUGGGGGAAAUAAUUAUAGUUCGUUCUCUGGAAAUCUCCAUAAAGAAGUAGUUACUGAAAUGUUUAAAACCAAAGGCAAAAGUAUUACACUGUUGUUUUUUUAAUCUGAGGACAGGAGGUAUUUGCAAACUGCUGCUGAUGACACUGCAAAAAUAAUUCAACUCUUGAGGGCCACCGUAUGAGCUGACAGCCUGAUGCUUGAACUUUGCCCCGAGAGUAUGACAGGGAACUUCUUUAACAGGACUGAGAUCUCUACUGUGAAUUUAGAAAUAAACACCAAAAUUGUGGGAUGCUUUUAUCUGGGGAAAGGAAGGCAACAAGAAACCUGAGAGAGGCAAAAGGCUUGUAUUUAAAGGAAAGAAAGAAAUCUCACUGCAAAAAAAAAAAAAAAAAUUAAC